UCCCUUCGCUGUUUUUAUUCACCUGACGAACAUGGCCGCUGAUGAUUGAAGGAUACCUCGGAUCUCUUGUGAUUUCUUAACUUGAGCAAUAAACAUGCGCCAUUUGACGAUUUCAUUGUAUAAUAUGUGAAUGAACAUCUUUAUGAAGCGAUACAUUGGGAAGUAGCACUCUAAACCAUGCUGAAGUGGUUUUCCAAUGAAGAUGGCACUCCUGGCCAGGGAGCGCUCGGCACCCCCCAGGGUGGUGGUGGUGCUGGAGGAGGAGAAGGAGGCCAGGCAGCCCUGGUGGAGGUGGCGGAGCGGCUGGCCCAGACAGAGCAGCUGGUGGCCCAGCUGAAGGAGCUGAUCCGUGAGAAGGAUGGCUCGCUGCGCACCAAAGACGAGCAGCUCAAGGCAGAGAAGGAGGCGUGCGAGGCCAAGCUGUCCAAGAUGCGUCUCCAGAACAAAGCCAAGGUCACCUCCCUCAGCGCCCAGCUGGAGGAGCUGAAGAAAGGAGGUGCUGCCGGGGGUGGAGCUGGGGGCCAGGGGACUCCCACCCACAGUAAGAAGGGAGGUGUAGAGGGAAGCGAGCAGGCCAGCCGUGGGAAGAUCCUCCUCCUUAGGAAGAAGGUGGAGGAGCUGGAGCAUCAGCUGUCACAGAGAGAUGAGGAACUGGAAGUCAAGUCACGAGAGCUGGAGGCCCAGAGGCAGCGUGGUGCGGACAUGGACGCCAUGCUGGUGGAGCGAAACAGGAAGCUGUCAGAGAAGGAGGCCUACAUAGUCCACCUGCAGACUGGCCUGGCCACCGGAGAGCAGACGGCCACGCCUCCAGCCCAACCAGACACGGAGCACAUGGCGUUGCCGGAGGAGAGCGGAGUGGGCUCCCUGGCGGAGCUGCAGCUGUUGGUCCUAAGUCUGACCAGGAAGGUGGGCGAGGGUGAUGAACGUCACAGCCUGCUGCAGGAACAGACUGAGAGCCUCAAGGAGCUCCUAGUCACAGAAAAGGCCACCUUCGAGGACAAGGAGAACAUGUACAAGCAAAACAUCCAGACGUUUAAAGACAUCAUUCUGCAGAAAGACAACAAGCUAAUGGAGGUAAACCAGAUGCAUGAGCAGGAGCUCUUCAAAUUGGCCGCCAAGUCUGACGCCAGCGCUGAUCUGGAACAGCUCCUGAAGGCUCUGAAACAGAAACUACAUGAGAAGGAGGAGGUGCUGCAGGGUAAAAACCAGGUGAUUGAUGUCCUCCAGGGGGAGGUGGACUCCAGAGACCAGCAGAUCAAGGACCUUGUGGAGCGGGCGCGGCGGCUGCAGGUGGAGCGCGAGAGCCUCGGGUCCAAGAUGGAGGCUGAGAAGCACGUGAUGCGGGCUCAGCUGCGUGACCUCUUGGAGAAGCAUCAGGGCGAGCUGCGCCGUGCCGCCGAGUGUCACGAGGCCCAGCUGGCCGAGCGGGAGCAGGCACUUCGCGGGCAGCUACAGGAGGAGCUGGGAAGGAACCCUGUCGCUGAGCUUCAGACCCAAACGCAAGCAGGGAGUGGCAGGGAUUCUCCAGCCACGGCCCAGAGGAUGAACGAGCUGGAAGCACAAGCCAAGCUGAAAUCUGAGGAGGCCAGUAAAUCGGAAGCCAAGUUCCUAAAGAUAAAAGCCUGGUCAAAGUCUCGUAUUCGACAGCUGGAGGACGAGCUGAGGAAAAGCCAGUCUGGCAGAGCGGGCCCUGAUGUGACGUCCCUGCGUAGCCGCGUCACGGAUCUGGAGGAGGAGCGGGAGGAGACGCUGUGGAAGCUGGAGCAGUACGACGAGAUCAAGGCCAAGAACGAUGUACUGGAGAUGUGCUGGAACAUGUCCUCUCAUGUCCUGUCCUUUGUCCUCAUGUAG